AUGGCCCGUAGAUACGAUUCUCGAACUACCAUCUUCUCGCCCGAAGGACGAUUGUAUCAAGUUGAAUAUGCCCUGGAAGCCAUUUCUCACGCCGGCACAGCCAUUGGUAUCCUUGCCAAGGACGGCAUCGUACUAGCAGCGGAGAGGAAAGUUACCUCUAAGCUCCUCGAGCAAGAUACCUCUGCAGAGAAGCUCUACAUCUUGAAUGACAACAUGAUCUGCGCCGUCGCCGGAAUGACAGCCGAUGCCAACAUCCUCAUCACAUACGCAAGGCAAGUUGCCCAGCGCUACCUUCUCACGUACGACGAAGACAUCCCCUGUGAACAGCUCGUGCGGAGGCUCUGCGAUCUCAAGCAAGGCUACACCCAACACGGUGGUCUCCGACCUUUCGGUGUAUCGUUCAUCUAUGCGGGUUGGGACCCCCGCCGACAAUUCCAGCUCUACCACAGCAACCCGUCUGGAAACUACGGUGGUUGGAAGGCGACAAGCGCCGGAGCGAACCACGCUAGCGCUCAGAGCUUGUUGAAGCAGGAUUACAAGGAAGAUUGCACGCUCAAGGAGGCUUGCGCCCUUGCUGUCAAGGUGCUCAGCAAGACUAUGGACUCGACCAAGCUCAGCAGUGAAAAGAUCGAGUUUGCGACAGUAGGCCAGACAAGCGACGGAAAGAUCUAUCACCGCCUCUGGAGCGCCGACGAAAUCACCGCGCUGCUCAAGGAACACGAUUUGGCCAAGGACGAGUCCACCGACGACAAAUAA